AUGCUUUCUUAUCACACUAGAAAGGUUAUUGCCCACCAAGCCAAAAAAGCAGCUAAAGGGAUGCAGGAAGAGGAAGGUGGUGAUACUGACAAUGAUGAAGCUGACAUUCUCUUGUACCUUUUUUGCUUAGAAAUCCAUCAGAAGUCCAUCAGAAGUCCAUCAGAAGUCCAUCAGAAGUCCAUCAGAAGUCCAGCGGAAAUCCAGUGGACUGAGAACUUAGCAAUUAUGAUGGUUUCUGCCUCUGUCCAUUGGAAAUCCGACAGAAGUCCAGCAGAAGUCCAAUGGACACAGAAUUCUGGCCAGUCCAACCAUUUCCUGCUUCUAAGUAGUUUGAGUGGACUUUCACUGGACUUUGCCUGGACUAGCAGUGGAAUCCAGUCAUGUCCAACGGACUCCGAUGGUCUUCCGACAGACUGUCCGCUGGGUCCAUCAGAAAUGGCAGGGUCUGAUGAAAGUCUGUCAGAGUCCAUUGGACAAGCAGUGGGAGUGUUGUCAUCUCUGCUGCACUGGCCUGUCUUGGGCAGUAUAGUCAUGCCAACACCCUGGCAAAAAAGGAUGAUUGGAAUGUACAUGUAUGCUUCUGGUGCCCAACGACAGGCAAUCUCAGUGUUGUCUACUCUUGGACUAUCUGAGAGCUAUGGCAACCUUAUAUCAAAAAAUGUGAGGCGUGUACAAAUGGUCAAAGGGAGAAAGCAGAAGAUGAAGGUGAAAGGAAAGGAGAAAGGGGUGGAUUCAGAAGGUCCCAAGAUUCCAACUGGUACUCUCUAUCAGUUGUCAGAAUCAAUGCGACAGGAUACUUGA